UCCGUCGGUUUUCGUUCUUUCGAUGGACGAGUUCCAGGAUUGAACACAAUAGAACCAGCAGACGGGUCUAGAGCCGCCAGAGGACAUAGUGGAUGGAGGUGGUGUUUCUGCUUCUUUGGCUUCAUGCAAGAAUACGUAAUAGCAAUCCUCACCGGUUUUGCAAGUAUUGUCUCAUUAUCAAGAGUGGGAAGGGAGCAUCACUGGUUGCGACUCGUUUCGGAUGGCAUCGGCACGAUUGGUUCAACAUGUUGUGGGAUUAGCAUCCUUGGCCUACUUGCCUUCAGGUUUGAUUCAAUUCUCGAUUUUUCCGGGCUUCCUGUCCUCCGGAUUUAAUCCUUAUCUAGCGUAUAUAACUUGCAUAUGCAUGGCCUCUUCACCUUGC